AGCAACUGCAGCAGCAACAGCAAAGCUUGGAUACUCCGCCAGAGGCAGUGCUUGAGUCUGGCCAGCAGCAGCAGCAGCAGCAGCAGCAGCAGCAGCAGCAACAGGAUGCGCAGCUUCUAUUGACAGCAGUAGCGAUUGAGACAGACAGCUUCGUUGCUGCUGCUCCUUUACCAUGGGAGUUUCCUCUGCCGCUGCAGCAGCAGCUGCUGCCGCAGCAGCAGCAGCUGCUGCCGCAGCAGCAGCAGGUGUUGUUCCCCCCACAGCAGCAGCUGCUGCCUCCGCAGCAGCAGCUGCUGGUUCCCCCGCAGCAGCAUCAGCUGCCGCCGCAGCUGCUGCUGCCCCCUCCGCAGCAGCAGCAGCAGCUGCCGCCGCAGCAGCUGCUGCUGCCCCCGCCGCAGCAGCAGCAUCAGCUGCCGCCGCAGCAGCUGCUGCUGCCCCCGCCGCAGCAGCAGCAUCAGCUGCCGCCGCAGCAGCAGCUGCUGGUUCCGCCGCCUCCGCAGCUGUUGCUGCCGCAGCUGCUGCUGCCCCCGCCGAAGCAGCAGCAGCAGCAGCCGCAGCUGCUGCUCCCGCAGCAGCCGCAGCAGCAGCUGCAGCCGCCGCAACUGCAGGAAGGAUUGGUUCAGCCUUUGUGUUCUGAGUUUCCCUUACUACCACAGCAGCAGCUGCAGCAGCAGCUGCAGCAGCAGCAGCAGCAGCAGCAGCAGCAGCAGCGCUGCUGCUGCUGCACCAGCCGCUGCAGAAGAAGCAGCGCCAAAGGACCAGCCGGCUCCGCACCAAAUCAGCUUUUCUGCGGCAAAAGACCAGCAGCAGCAGGAGCCGCAGCAGCAGCAGCCGCAGCAGCCUCAGCAGCAGCAGUCGCAGGAGCCGCAGCAGCAGCAGCAGCAGCCGAAGCAGCAGCAGCAGCAGCAGCAGCAGCAGAAGCUGGUGCCCUGCGUUGCUGGGCGCCGGGGGGGCUCUCGCACGCCCAAGCGGGUGAGCUGGGCAGAGAGCGCAGCAGCAACAGCAGCAGCAAAAGAAGUGGACGAGUUGCCGAGUUUUGCUGCAGCAUCUGCUGCUGCUGCUCCUGCCUUUUCCCUUGCAGAGCAGCAGCAGCAGCAGCAGCAGCAGCAGCAGCAGCAGCAGCAGCAAAAGAGAGAAGUGUGGCUGUCGCCGUCCUCAGGCAGCACAACAGGAACACCACCAACUGCCUUCGACAGCAGCCCAAGUGCUGCUGCUGUCAGCCCAGACGGCGUUUCUCUGAGCUACUAGAGCUGUUGCUGCUGCAGCAGCAGCAGCAGCAGGAGUUUCAAGCAGCAGCAGGGUUUGCUGCAGCAGCAGCAGGAGCUUGCUGCAGCAGCAGCGCGGCGUUGCUGCUGCUGCAGCAGUUCCCCUACCCGAGACCCGAAGCGGAAAGCAGUAGAAGCAACGCAUCAUGA